CCGAGGGUUGUCCCUGAAGCUUGAGUCCUAUCUCGUGUCUUUUCUUAACCCGGCCGCUGGCGGCGCAGACACCUUUAUCUGGCGCAGACCGCCCUUCACAGCCCGGCCCCGUUGGUUUCCCCGCCCCCUGCGGCGCCUGGCCCGGCCCCGAUCCCUGCAGCACCCGGGGGCCCCGAGUGGCCGUGGGAGGGAUGAAGGCGGCCAGUAGGCGCCAGUUCACUUCCGAAUCUCGGUUUCCUUAUUCCAGCCCUGAUGGCUGGUGAUGCGAACCGCGCAGGGUUGUUGGGAGGCUGGCGUGACCUCAGCGGCAUUAAAGGCUUCCCGGAGUCAGUAACAUGAUAGCCAAGCUUGCCAAAACCUGCACUCUGCGCAUCAGCCCGGAUAAGUUGAACUUCGUCCUCUCGGACAAGGUGGCCAAUGGAGGGGUGAGCAUGUGGUGUGAGCUGGAACAGGAGAACUUCUUCAGCGAAUUUCAAAUGGAAGGUGUCUCCGCAGAAAACAAUGCGAUUUAUUUAGAGCUAACAUCGGAAAAUUUAUCUCGAGCCUUGAAAACUGCCCAGAAUGCCCGAGCCUUGAAAAUCAAGCUGACUAAUAAACACUUUCCCUGCCUCACAGUUUCUAUAGAGCUGUUAUCCGUGUCAAGCAGUAGUCGUGUUGUGACACAUGACAUCCCUGUAAAGGUUAUUCCUAGAAAACUGUGGAAAGACUUACAAGAACCGACGGUCCCAGACGCUGACGUUAGCAUUUAUUUACCAGUCUUGAAGACUAUGAAGAGCAUUGUGGAGAAGAUGAAAAACAUCAGCAAUCACCUUAUUAUUGAAGCAAACCUAAAUGGAGAAUUGAACUUGAAAAUAGAAACUGAACUAGUGUGUGUUACAACUCAUUUUAAAGAUCUUGGAAAUCCUCCACUAGCUUCUGAAAAUGCUUCUCAAGAUAGAAACUCAGAACAAAUGGCUCAAGUGCACAUAGACAUUAGGAAGCUCCUACAGUUCCUUGCUGGACAACAAGUAAAUCCUACAAAGGCCACAUGCAAUAUUGUGAAGAACAAGAUUGUUCAUUUUGACCUGCUCCAUGAAGACGUCUCCCUGCAGUAUUUCAUCCCAGCGUUGUCGUAACCCCACCUACGGUAUCGGGGAGCUCAGGGACCUUGUUCUGGACCCGAAGAGGCUGUAGGGUGAUGUGUUCUAAGUCAUUUGUCUCUGUCCCCAUAGCAGUGGAAUCCUAUGUAUUUUUACUUUUUUUUCCCUUCUAUAAUAUUUUAACUAGAAAUUGAAUUAAUGAAUUAAUGAAACACAGUUGGAUAAACAUUUCUUCAUAUUAUUUCUUUAUUCUGUCUGCUUUGUUUUGCCUUUAAGAUGUUGAAAAGUUAAAAUUUAUUUAUUCAGACUUUAAACUUUCUUAUUAAAGUUUUAAAAAUC